AUGUUAUCCUUCAACGAUGUCGUAGAGUGUACCGAGAACACACUAAAAACCAUGCCACCUGGCUACUUACCAAAAUGGUUAUUAUUCAUUUCCAUUGUUUCUGUUUUUAAUUCAGUUCAAACAUAUAUUUCUGGUUUAGAAUUGACUCGUAGAGUUUACUCCAGAAAACCAGCUGAGACAACCAAAUUGAGUGCUAGAACCUUUGGUACUUGGACAUUUAUUUCCUGUGUCAUUAGAUUUUAUGGUGCUUUCUUUUUAACUGAGCCUCAUAUUUUCCAAAUUGUUAUGAUCUCUUAUGUCGUUGCUUUAGUUCAUUUUGGUUCCGAAUUGCUAAUCUACAGAACUUGCAACCUCGACUCUGGGUUUAUGGGUCCUUUAGUUGUUUCCACAACUUCUUUGGUUUGGAUGUACAAUCAAAAGGAAUUUUACACUGGUAUCCCAUGGUAA